UACUGUAGCUAUGACAUGUGGGGACACACUAAGAAGCCCACCAUUCAGCCAUAAAAUGGGCAUCUGGAGAAAAGUGACCCUCUUGCUGUUUCUUAUAGGAACGUUGGUGAAGCCUGGUCUGAGCACUGUGAUCCUGGAUCAGCCACCAAGGACAGUGGAAGUUCAUCUUGGUUCCUCUCUUACCCUGAACUGCAGUUUUAUGCCCCAAACUCGUGUCACGGUGAACUGGUAUUUCAGCCCAACUGGCCUCUCAAGCUGCAGCUCCAAUACACUGCUGAACAGCAGUACCCAUUCGGCUGACAAAACUGUGAAGCUGGAUGCUGGGGGUCAUGUAUCUAAAGAAUCUAGAAAGAGUUGGUCCAGAUUCAUUCUUAAAGAUGUCACAUACAAUAACAGUGGAUGGUACUUUUGCCAAGUCUCAGUAGAGAUUCCCGUCCUUCAACAAGCAUGUAGCAAGGGAACUCAAGUUAAUAUAUCGGACAACCAGAUGAAAAGUACCACUUAUACUCCAUUGAUGACAGUAACUUUGUCUCGCCCUUCCAAUCGGGGUCUGCUUGUAGACUGGAGGCUGUGGGUAGCAGUGGGAGCAGUGAGUGCCAUACUUGUCACACUGCUAGUGGUCAUCUGGAUCUUACUACAACGAAGGGAAUGCAAGAGCAGAGAAAAUCCUAUCUAUUCGAAUAUGCCUCCACCAAGAUCUGCAAUAAAACAGCCCUCUCUGCAUCCAGGAAUACAGAUYGACAACCAGAAGAUUCCUUCUCCUUUAAAACACACCAGGACCCCAGCCACAGCCCAUUACAGCGAACAUGUCAGGACCCCAACUCCAGCCAGGGCCCAUGACAGCAAAUACAGCCUAAAAUUCUAAGACUUUUUAUGYUUCCAAUUAAUCAUAUUUCCUCUACUGAAACUAUGUCAGCAAAUAAUUUGUUAUCUCGUGUUUUGUGAGUGUAGUCUGACUUGGUCCUAUCCUGUUCUAUUACAUGAGCUAUCACUUUAGUAUGUUUUCUUUCGGGGACUGCUGUUGAUUAAUUCUCCAGCAAUUGGCAUGCCAUGGUAGCCUACUAAAUUCGGAGAAAUUAUUGUUGUGUAAAUAUUAUGCUCAGGGUCAUUUAAAGUUCUUCAAGUUCUAUAAAGCGUAAUUUAGCAAUAAGGAAAAUAAGUGCUAUUUUCUGGAAUUUACAGUAUAUUGUAUCAGUAGCCUUUGUAAAAAGACUGGACAACACACUGUGGGCUUGAAGGAAAUAUCUACAGCUGUUAA